AUGGAGGCUUCAACGACUAUCAUCUCACAGCAGGGUCAUAGCCUUCCACCAUCACCGCCAAGUACAGCGAAGCCAUCUCGGAUAGGCAGCUUCCACGAUCUACAAAACAUCACACCAAUCGAUCAGCCUUGCCUUGAUCAAAUCAAGCCAUACCCUCUCCCUCCCAGAUGCUCACCAAAGUCUGUCCUGAAAGAAGACCUAAAGACCCCAGACAGUUUUGUCGAAAGGGAUCCUCGACUGAUUCGUCUCACUGGAGUUCAUCCAUUCAAUGUCGAAGCACCUUUGAGCGACUUGUACGACGAAGGCUUCCUGACUAGCGAAAACCUCCACUAUGUACGGAAUCAUGGCCACGUCCCCAAAUGUGAAGACGACGAUAUUCUCGACUGGGAAUUCGAAAUUAAUGGCCUCGUCGAAACACCGAUAAAGAUGACAGUAAGGGAUCUUAUAAAUGAUUACCAGCAGUUGACUUAUCCGGUAACAUUUGUAUGUGCCGGAAACCGUCGAAAAGAACAAAACAUUGUCCGAAAGACAAAGGGCUUCUCUUGGGGCGCUGCAGGGUUGUCGACUGCUCUUUGGACUGGUGUUUUUAUAGGCGACCUACUUGCUGCAGCAAAGCCCAAGCGUGGAGCUCGAUAUGUUUGCUUUGAGGGAGCAGACAAACUACCAAAUGGCUACUAUGGAACAUCAAUCAAACUCAAUUGGUGCAUGGAUCCCAACAGAGGUGUCAUGGUUGCGCACAGGAUGAAUGGAAAGACGUUACAUCCCGAUCAUGGCAAACCUGUCCGUCUUGUUAUCCCUGGGCAGAUCGGUGGCCGAAGUGUUAAGUGGCUUAAGAAGAUCACUGUCACCCAAGAGCCUAGCGACAACUGGUAUCACAUCUAUGAUAAUCGUGUGCUACCGACAAUGGUUUCGCCCGAAGAGAGCGCAGACCUGCCUAAAGUCUGGAAGGACGAGAAAUACGCCAUCUACGAUCUGAGUACCAAUAGCGCUAUCUGCUACCCUGCUCACCAGGAGAGUGUCUCUGUCACGAAUAAUUCAAAAAGUUACAAGGUACGGGGAUAUGCCUAUGGUGGUGGCGGAAGACGCAUCACUAGGGUUGAAAUUACACUUGAUAAGGGCAAGACAUGGAGACUUGCAAAUAUCCGAUACCAUGAAGACGAUUAUCGCAACGCACCUGAAGGCGAUACCCUCUAUGGUGGCCGGGUCGACAUGUGGUGGCGCGAAACAUCAUUCUGCUGGUGCCUAUGGGACCUCGACAUUCCCUUGGGUGAAUUAAGAGACGCAGAUGAUAUCAUGAUGCGUGCUAUGGAUGAGUCUAUGAACAUCCAGCCGAGAGACAUGUAUUGGAGCGUUCUAGGAAUGAUGAACAACCCCUGGUUCCGCAUAGUGAUUCACAAAGAGGACAACACACUCAGCUUUGAGCAUCCUACACAUCCCACUCUCAAGAACAAAGGCUGGAUGGAGCGUGUCAAGGAGACUGGUGGGAACCUCACCAAUGGUUACUGGGGCGAGACGGCUCCUGGUGAAGUAACAGAAGUUGUCGUCAAGGAGCCUGAGAAACGAAUCUGUUUGAUAAAUCCCCAAGUUAACCGAAAUAUCACCAUCGAAGAGCUCAAUGCUCAUGAAAGCGAAAAUGAGCCUUGGUUCGUGAUCAAUGGCGAAGUAUACGACGGUACUCCUUAUCUCUCAGGUCAUCCUGGUGGUGCGGCAUCCAUUUUUGGUGCAGCUGGUCAAGAUGCUACUGAAGAGUUUAUGGCUAUUCACAGCGAAAAUGCUAAAGCGAUGCUUCCAACAUAUCAUAUCGGCACCCUCGAUACGGAGUCGCGCGCUAUUCUCAGCGGCGACGCAACUACAACAAACGACAAUGCAAGUCGAGAAAUAUUCCUACAAUCCAAGAGCUGGAGCAAAGCUCUUCUUUGCAAAAAGACGUCUAUUUCACCUGACACAAAGAUAUUUUCCUUUAAGCUCAACCACGAAGGUCAGAGGAUUGGUCUCCCCACUGGCCAACAUCUCAUGAUGCGUCUGCGCGAUCCCGCCACGCGCGAGGCCAUCAUCCGCUCGUACACACCGUACUCGGAUGGAUCAGAUUGCGGCCGGUUGGAUAUACUUAUCAAGAUUUACUAUGAUACUUCCGAGCGAAAGGGCGGCGCCAUGACACAGGCGUUGGACUCACUUCCUAUUGGUCAUUGGGUUGACUUUAAGGGGCCUGUAGGUAAAUUUGUAUAUCGCGGCAACGGUCUUUGCAUCAUUAACGAUAGAGAGCGUCGCGUUCGUCGCUUCAUUAUGGUCUGUGGAGGCUCUGGUAUUACCCCCAUCCGCCAGGUCCUUCGCGCUGUAAUGCAAGACUCCAACGACCGAACACCCUGCGUUGUGUUCAAUGGAAACCGCAGUUUGCAGGAUAUCCUAUGUAAGGAGGAGCUCGACAGUCUUGAGGCAUACAAUCCUUCAAGAUGUCGCAUUGUCAAUGCCCUUACAAACCCGCCCCCUAAUUGGAACGGUAUUAAAGGUUUUGUGAACCAAGCACUGGUCCCCGAGCAAAUGGUGUUGCCCAAACCAAGUGGCGAAGGUGAUGAGUUGGUGCUUGUGUGUGGACCUCCGCCAAUGGUCAAAGCUGCCGAGGCAACAUUUAUAGGUUUGGGCUUUAAGUCGGACGAUUUGGUAUUUUUCUGA